AGUCUUCAAAGAAGAAGAAGCAGGAAAAACAAAAACACGUGUUGGUGCUGAGAGGCCUUGGUGCGUCUUUAGCCGCUUUAAUCUGAGAUCAGCAGACAGUAGCUUGUUGAUCUGGAAGAAGCAAUGAAGAAGAAAGCUAACAAAAGAGACAGAAAGCUGCAGGCUGAGCAGCCAUCGGACUAUGCUGUGGGUCAGGUUUCAGGCAGUCUGUCCCAGGAAGGCUCCACAGCAUGGGAACCAUUGGCAGAGUUAUUCAGGCCUGCCUUCCCAGCUUCAUCUCAGCUGUUCCUGCCUCCUCCCAGGGUGAUUGGAAGCAGCGCAGGAAGAGCAGAGCAGAGCAAAGACAGCAUAGAGGUGGAAGUCAAAGCAAAGAAGAAGAGGAAGAGAUCGGUGGCAGAGCAGGAACUGCUGAACAGGGAGAGCUGUAUAUUUAAGGCAGACAGAGACGAGCACGGCCCGGCCAGCUCAGCCAAGAGAAAGAAGAGAGACUCAGAGACAGACGGACAGAUUCCUGCAGAACACUGGGCACUGAGGCGACAGAGGUUAAAGGCCAACAAACAAGGGGAGCUGUUAAAGAUGAAGAGGACCGUGUUCGUUGGCAACCUGCCCAUCAGCUGCACAGCCAAGACCUUGCGAGGACUUUUCAGAGACAAAGGACCCAUUGAAUCUGUUCGGUUUCGCUCUGUGGUCAGAGAGGACCCGUCCAUGUCUCAGAAAGAAGCGUUUAUUAAACGCAAAGUUCAUCCCAAGAAGCAAAGCUUGAAUGCGUAUGUGGUGUUUAAAGAUGAGGAGGCAGUCUGCAGAGCUCUGGAGAGGAACGGCGUGGAGAUCGAGGAAGGCUUUCAUAUCAGGGUGGACCGAGUGACGCAGCGCUCUUCACAUGACCACAAGCGCUCCAUUUUUGUUGGGAAUCUGGCAUUCGAUCUGAAGGAGCUGGCGCUCCGACAGCAUUUUGAGCCAUGUGGAACAGUGGAGGCGGUGAGACUAGUGCGAGACGCCAAGUCUGGACUCGGGAAAGGAUUCGGCUAUGUCCUGUUUGAGAGUGCUGACUCGGUACAGUUGGCUCUAUCACUGGACGGCUCGCAGCUGGAAAGCAGGUCUAUUCGUGUGAAGAGAUCCGUGAAAAAGGAGGAGCAGAAGAAAACUAAAGAUGGAGGAAUGUUGUGGAGCUCCAGUCAGAAAGCUUCUGGACGGCCGCAGGAACACGGCAAAGGGAACUUCAAGUCCAAACCAAACAACUGUUCCUCUUUUAAAGGAGAAGUGGCAGAUCCAAGGAAAAAAACCAAGAAGGCUCUGAAAGGAAAAAAAAAGAAAAAAAAGAGACAUCUAGUCUCUAAGAAAUGAUAAACUGACCAAAAUAAAAUGUAAAUUUUAUUCAGUUUCACCUUAAACUGUCUGUUUGCUCCUUUAAGACCAGUCAGCUAGAAAAUGUUUAUGAAAUCAUCAUUU